ACGGCAAAGCUAAUGCAAAACAUCAUUUAAUACGAUAGCGCGUUGUAAUCCAGACAUUUCCGUUUGUGACGUUUCUCGGUUCGGUCCAGAGAUGUGGACGAGAUAGAUAGUAUAGUACUCGAAAAGAGAUAUUAUAGAAAGAGAACGGAUAGUUGCAACAACGACGACGACGACGACGACAUCAACGCCAGAAAUCGCGAUAUUUAAUGUCGUUAAAUCGUUCGUGCGUUCAUAUACAACGGGGUUUAAGAGUUCGAUAGUGUGCGCAACAUCUGUUAAUCAAAAAGAAGAUUUUACUUUGUUGUUGUUGUUGUUGUUGUUGUUGUUGUUGUCGUCUUUGUUUUAUUAUUUUUUUUUCUCGCACGCGAGAGAUUAAUUACGCGGUAUGAGAAUCGAUCGGUUAAUUGAAAAACGAUCGAAAAAUGUCGCUAACGCGAUCACGAGAGGAUCCUUCUUGUUAGUGAGAAGAAAAAAGAUUUUCUAUUCGUAUGAGAUUGUCUAACCGAUAGGAAGAAUAUGCUUUGCUGGAAAUCAUGUCGAAUUUUACGAGGAUAACUCAUUCCUGGUCUAACGGUAUAAAUUGCACGCCACCUGCGAUAGAAGAUUUUCCACAUGAUCUGUUUGACGAGGCACAGAGGCAAGGCGGUGCCGUCGUUGUCCACGUAAUAGUGUCCCUUUAUCUAUUUAUCGCUUUAGCAGUCGUAUGCGAUAAAUUCUUUGUACCUGCGGUAGAAAAAAUAUGUCACGCACUGUCGAUGUCAAAAGACGUAGCUGGUGCGACGUUCAUGGCGGCCGCGACGUCCGCACCAGAAUUGUUCGUCAACGCGAUUGGUACUUUCAUUACCGAAGGUGACAUCGGAGUUGGAACAAUCGUCGGAUCGGCGGUGUUCAAUAUUCUUGCCGUUCCUGCUUGCUGCGGGAUCGGUGCAGGAAUGGUUGUACCACUAGAUUGGUGGCCCGUUAGCAGGGAUUGUUUAGCCUACGGUGUAACAGUCGCCAUUUUAAUAUGCAUCAUACACGACGAACGCGUCGAGUGGUACGAGGCACUUACCCUGGUUCUACUAUACAUAGUUUACAUUGCUGUCAUGUAUUGGGAUAAAUCAUUUCAACGGUGUACGAGAUUUCGCACUAACAACGAUCAAUUCUCGUCUACAGACUGUCGCAUCGCAACCGAUGCCGAUGAGAUUCAUUUACCCAGACCCGAUAAGUUGCAAUCGUCCGGCGAUCGAGUCGAACAAAUAGCAACGAUAGAUGUACCACUUCAAAAUGGUGGUACCAAAGCACAGGAGGAAAAUCCUGAACCGAAUUAUGAGUACGAGUUAUUGGUUUGGCCUGCACGUGGCGGAUGGAUCAGAAAGACAGCUUGGAUUAUGACUUGGCCGAUUCACCUAAUAUUUAUGUGCACGAUACCGGAUUGCGAAAAGCCACGAUUUAAAAAUUGGUUCCCUGUUACGUUCUUAAUGUGUAUUAUUUGGAUCGGUUCCUUGAGUUACGUAGUAGCGUGGAUGAUCACGAUUAUCGGCGAUACACUGAAGAUACCAGACUCGGUAAUGGGUAUUACAUUCCUCGCGGCUGGUACCAGUGUACCGGAAGCAGUCUCAAGCGUGAUCGUCGCGAAACAAGGACACGGCUCGAUGGGAAUAAGCAAUUCGAUCGGUUCUAACACGUUCGAUAUACUCCUAUGUUUGGGACUACCAUGGUUAAUAAAAUCGUCGUUUUCGCCAACGCAACCGGGGAAACAUUACAUCAGCAUAAAUUCCGGUGGUUUAGAAUACAGCGCCAUAUCACUGUUAUCGACGUUAAUGUUACUCUACAUCGCCUUCGCCUCGAAUAAGUUUCAACUAGAUCGAAAAGUAGGCCGAGCCUGUUUGUGUAUGUACGCGGUUUUCCUGAUAUUGGCAUCGUUGAUAGAGCUCAACGUAUUCUUCACGGUUAAUUUGCCAACUUGUCAGAGGACGGUCAAAUGAUCGGCGACCAUCUAAGGAUGAACGGAGAUUGGACGAUCCUCCGAGUAAAACGAUUAUUAACAACAACGUUCAAAGUUCCGCGGGUUAUUACUCUCUUUAAUAUCGCCAGAUACGAGACAUUCGUGUGCGAUAUAUGAUUAAUAAUCGUAAUCGAGGGAGUGCUUAUUUUUACCCCCCAACCCCAACCCCCAACCCUCAACCCCAAUAUACAGUGUUGUCACGUGGUCUCACCGUGCGUAUACCUUCUUUUUUUUUUUUUUUCUAAUAUCGCCGUGAUUAUAAACGUUGUAUACGGAUAUGCAUAUUCUUCUCUCUUUCUCUCUCUCUCUCUCUCUCUUUAUCAUUUUCUUUCUCUUUUUUCUAAUUACCGUUGUAUCCCUUUGUCGGAUAUAAAAAUGCAUUAACGAGUUAUAAGUUAAUACUUUAUACUUUCUAACAAUAACCAUAACAACUACAUCACCACUGCUGUCACUAUACACUUUCUAUCUUCGUUUUUAUUUUACAUAUUAUUAUGCAUUACGCAUUUGUAAUCUCAUCGUUUUUUCUCUCCCUUUUCUAUUUCUUCUAUUUCUAUACCAUUUAACAUCGUUCCGAUUUAUUCUUGUUAUUUUUCGCGUUAUAUUCACGGCGCUUUUUUUUUUUUUUUGUAAACAACGGCAAGAAAGUAAAACAUGCAAACGCAGUUUUAGACGAUCCUCGAAGUGCCGCCCCGUUAAAUGGGCGAACAGCUAAUUCCGACCAAAGUUUUAGAAAGUAAGAUUUGUUAAGAUAUGUAACGUAAACUAAUCGUAAGGAAUCUCGAAAGCAGCUCUCUUCAUCGUUUUUAUCUCAUCUUUUAUUAUAUUUUAUCGGUUUCUUUUUAAAAAAAAAAAAAUCAUUUUGGAGAAUAUUUUACAGCAUUAAGUCAAUCAACGACCGGCGCGUUUAACCCACGGUCCACGAGAAGAAGAGUCGUCGUUUGAUUUUCUUUUUUUUAUUAUUAUUAAAUAAAACUUCGAAUAUAAAUAAAUUAAAAAGAAAAGAAAAAAUAGGAUGAUGGCGGAAAAUUGAAGAAAAAGCUUUUUUAAUAGAAUCGAUUUUACCAUUCUCACGUUAUAGGACAGAACGAGAGCAUGUAAAAGACUGCCGCUUCUAUAAACGACGUUUAGUUGAUACAUAUGCAUACAUAUAUAUCAUAUAUAAAUAGAUCCUUUAUUACUUAGGAAAAGGAUAAACACUAAAGAAACAAAAAGAAAAAAAACGCUCGCUGGAAAGGAUUGUAUAAUUUCAGUCUCUCUUUUUUGAUUUCUCGUUCGUGGAUCGU